AUGCUCGUCGUCACAUCACUCGACCAAAGUCCGACGCCAUAUCCGGCGGCGACCUCACAAACUCCUUCAAUUAAUGUUUAUGGUCUGUCCCGCCGAAAGAGUGAGCCCCCGCCCGCCGGCUCCUCAGCCGGAAAAUUUGCCCUCGAAAUUCAGAUUACCGCUGUAUUUGAAGGUCAUGAGAUGUAUCUCGGGAUCUCGUCGAGGAACCACCCGGUAGACCCGUGGCCGGUGCUCGAUUUCCUACGGGAUACCGCCUUCGGGCGAGAUGCUGUGUAUGACGACAGCGGAGACAUGGUGGGAGACGGCGGUGGUCGGCAAUGGAGAGUUUUGUGGUGGACCGCCGGCGGGUCUGUGGUGGCG